GUUAGCUGCCUUGUCAUUGGACAACAGUCGACCAAUAGCGUUGCAUGGAAACUUGUGUCCGACCAAUCAUGUGUCUCGUGGGUGGGGCCUCGUUUUGCAAAAUGAUCGACUCUUAAUUUAGCCGUUGUGAAUGCGUCGUGUUUAUGGAAUAUACUGUGUGAUAAUAGUUCAUGUAAACUGCCUCUGGUUAUUGUUUUUAGGGUGCAUUGUCUGUUAAAAGACACCAGCGUAUUCGCGAAUAGCUCAAAUAAAUUCCUAAAGUCAUCUGAUGAUAGUAACCCGCUAAGUUAGCUAAGCUAACUACCUAGCCUUAAGCAUGCCCAAUUUUUGCGCGGCCCCAAACUGUACACGGAAGAGCACUCAGUCAGAUUUGGCAUUUUUUAGGUUUCCACGGGACCCAGAGAGAUGCAGAAUCUGGGUAGAGAACUGCCGCAGGGCAGAUCUGGAGGCGAAGACAUCAGACCAGCUGAAUAAGCACUACAGAUUAUGUGCCAAACACUUCGACCCAGCCAUGGUGUGCAAGACAAGCCCCUACAGGACUGUGUUAAAGGAUACAGCCAUUCCAACCAUAUUUGAUCUCACAAGCCAUUUAAAGAAUCCCCACACCAGACAUCGCAAGCGGAUAAAAGAGCUCACCGAUGAGGAUAUAAGGAAAAUUAAGGAGAGGAGAUUACAAUCUGCUGAACAGGCUGCAAAAAAUGAGGCGGUUGAGGAUAGCACAGCCACCAGCGAGGACGAACCUCAGCUAUCCACAGAGGAGAAGGAAUUUCGUGAAUACCUGAGGUCCUUAUUUGAGGUCAUGGUGAUGUUGGGAAAGCAGAGUAUCCCUGUCGUGGCCGGCAAAAUCUUUGAGACUGAACUCGAGUCAAACAACUUCCUGGCCAUCCUCAACUAUUGCAUGAAUGCCGGAGAUGAUGCGUUGAAGAAACGGUUCGAGGCAACAGCCGUGAACUCGGAAUACCUUUCUGCAACCCAGCAGUCUCAGCUCCUGGACAUUUUUGAGAACACGGUGCGAGAGGAGAUGCUAAUGGAGGUCAGGGAGAGUCGCUUCUUCUCCAUUGUGACUGGGGAUCUUGUUGAGUUUGCCGGUGACAAACACCUGCCUCUGUUUUUACGCUUUGUGAAUCAGCAUAACGUUCUCCGGGAGGAGUUUUUAGACUUCGUGCCGUUUGAUGGUGAUGAGCCUGCACUUGUAGAGAGGCUAGAGGCCCAGCUGACUGACCGCUGGGGGCUGAGCAUGGAGGACUGCCGUGGUCAGGCCCACAAGGCCACUGGGACUUACUCCACCAAGAUGAAAGCAGUAGCAGUGUUGCUGAUGGAGAAAUAUCCUCUGGCGCUGCACAUGCCUUGCUCUCAUUUGGCACUUAACAUCCACAUUGCUAACUGCCUGCCUUUUCCCAACGUCCAGAUUGUCAUGGAGACUCUGAGGAGGAUCGGCUCUUUCUUUAAAACCCCGUUAACUCAGGAGGAGCUUGAGAGAGCGAUCUCCACCCACUACCAGAAAAAUGAAGAGAAAGCAAAUGCACUAAAGCAACAAGCUUCAACAGACUGGACUCAGCAACACAACGUGUUCGACGUCCUGCUUGAUAUUUUGCCGCCUCUGUUGCUGUGCAUGGACAACAUUCGGGACAAUGACGAUGGGAAGUUUACCGGUUCUGUAUCUGCGGAUGCUUAUUCAAUAACAGAAAUUCUUGCCGAAUUUGAGAUCAUCGUCACCAUCGUCAUCCUAAAAAACGUUCUUACAUUCACCAGAGCCUUUGGGAGGAAUGUCCAAGGGGAAACGCUCGAUGUGUUUUUCGCUGCCACCAGUUUAACCGCCGUCCUUCAUUCGCUAAACGAGGUCAACGACAACAUUGAUGUCUACCACGAGUUCUGGUAUGAGGAGGCCGUGAAUGUGGCUGCGCUGAUGGAGAUUCCUGUGACCGUUCCGAGGCUGUUCGUCCGCAAGCAGCGUCUGGCCGAUACUGGUGAGAUCCAAGCGGAGUCGUACUACAAGGAGUACGUAACGAUGCCCGUAAUCCACGGCAUCAUGCAAGAGGUGGAGGACAUGUUCUCCGAGACCAACCUCAAAACUCUGAAGUGCCUCUCGCUGGUUCCAGCAGUCAUGGGCCAGAUGAAGUUCAACACCACCGAGGAGAACUAUGCGGACGUGUACCGCAGCGACCUCCCCAACCCCGACACGCUCCCCGCAGAGCUUCACUGCUGGAGAAUCAAGUGGAAGCACAGAGGCAAAGAGGUGCGCCUCCCCACCACCAUCCAUGAAACCCUGCAGCUUCCCGACGUCAAGUUCUUUCCCAACGUCAACUCCUUCCUCAAAGUGCUUUCCACCUUGCCGGUGCUGAAAAUAGAAGGCGACAAGAGCGGCACGGCGAACGAGCGGCUGCAGGCCUACCUCGACAGCGUGCCCGCCAAGCAGUGGAACAAAAGUCUGGCGAUGCUCAACAUCAACACUCACGUGAGGCACGACCUGGAUGUCAUGGUGGACAAAUACUGCAGACUCUAUGCAGAAGAUGACCCAGAGUCAGAGGACAAGUCCGAGGCGACUGAGGAGACGACUGAGGAGACGACUGAGGAGACGACUGAGGAGACAACUGAAGAGGCAGCUGAGGAAGAUUAGUUCUGGGACAUAAAUAAAUCAAAUAGAUGUCAGUUAUGUGUGGGGAUUAGUGUGUGUCCAACUUGUAUGUUCUAUAAAAAUUUAAAUGAGAUGAAAAGACAGUGUUCAGUGCCUGGACCUUCUUAUUUUACUAUGUUCGGUAAUGGUGCAGCAUAGUUUAAUCUUGUAGAUAAAUCCACACAUUUAAAAGAAAAUAAAUGCAAUCCAUUACCACACUGCAGGACCUGCUGUCUGAUCUGUAAUAGUCAAGCAUCUGUAUCAGGUUAUUAGUUUAGCCUCCUUUCUGUAAAGACGCUCUUGUAGUUUUAGACCACCUUCCUCUUUGUGUAUUCUUUGUUGAACUGUUUUUAUUGUGCGCUUUUAAUUUGAACCACAUGAUGGAGGUAGACGGCCCUGCUGAGAUGCAGUGGUUCCAGUGACUGUGAAGCAGCACAAGAGGGAGCAGUUACAUCAGCACCAGCAGCAUCCCCGAAUUAAAACUAAACCGGAAGCUUUUCCUUUUUUACGAACGUGUAAAUCAUUUUAAAUCAUCCGCUGUUGGUUUGACAUUUUUGUUUUUGUACAAUUUAAAGCAAGCGUGUUUAAAUCACCUCUUCACAGGGGUUUCUGUGAAUGGGAGAGUUAAUGGUUUAAGAAAUGAUGUUGAAUGAGAGAAAAAUGUUAUAAAGUUACUCAUUUGUCUCACUAUGUGCAGUGAGGCUGGAAAUGAUCUGAAUUCAGCUGUAAAGUUUUGUAUGUAUUGUCAAAUUUUAAUAAACUGUUUGCUUCAA